UGAAUAUUAUUAAAAUAUUUAAUUAUUCGGUUUUCUUUGAUAUGUGUGAUCUGUGGUGUGAAUGCUAACUCUCUGCCGUCUGUCUGCCUCUGGCCAACAAGCCACUUGGGCCAAACCAAUCUUGGCCAGCAGUAGUAGUAGUAGAAGCAGACCAAACGAAGCAAAACAACAGCAAACAAAAGAUAACUAUGGCAGUAGAGAAAAUAAAAAUCAACGAAAACAGAAUCACAAAUAAAUAAUAACAACAACAAGAGAAGAAAACAAAAUUCUUUGUUUAAUACACAAAAACCAAAACCAAAAAAAAAAAUAUUUUAAUUCCGCCGCAGAGCGUCGCGAAAAAUAUUAUCUUGUGUGUAAACGAAAAAAGGAAGAAGAAAAGAAAUUGAAUUGCAAACAAAACAACAUUUUCGGUUGUUGAAAGAAUUUGUUACCAUCUGAUUUGGAAAAAAUUGCAUACUUAUUUUAACAAAUUUUUCCAUCGAUUACUUCACAAAGAUUUGUCAUCACCAGCGCCUGCCAGUGCAGCCAAAAAACAGAACGAAGAAGACGAAAAUUAUUUGCAACUGCAAAGUUUAGAAGUGUUAGCUAAAUGGAGGCAUCUGAUGGAUCGCCCCCACCAUCACUGUGUAUGGUACGAGCCGCUGAACUAUUUCCCAAACCACAAAUGGAGAAAGAAGAUACCGAAUUGAAGGUCCCAUUUCAGGAGCUUGCUGGCGAGUCUGUUAAAUAUUUGGGACGCACCGACGAUGGCAUUUUGGCCCUGUCCAAUUAUCGCCUGUAUUUACAGAAAACCUCAACAAAUGUUGAGACAUCCGUUCCCCUGGGUCUCAUAGAAUCGGCCCAAAGUCGUGAUCUGUUCCAUUUGAUUGUGUAUUGUAAAGAUGCCAGCACGGUCAAGUGUUCUUUUGAGACUGCCGAACAGUGUACAGAAUGGCAAAGACGCAUACAGAUGUCGGUUGGUGUGCCCGAGACAUUGGAAUCUAUAUUCGCUUUUCCAUUCUGUUCAUGGGCAUGUGACAGCUUAAAUGGUGGAGGUGGUGGUGGUGUUGGAGCAGCAGGUGUGGCCGGGGGAGGUGGUGGCGGGGUAGCAGGCGGAGGAGGCAGUCAAACAUUUAAUUCAAACACCGAAAAUCCUGGCUACAAUCCCUAUUUGGCCCUGGACUACAAUGAGAGAUUACAGAAAUGCAGUUACCGCUACGAAGAUGAUUUUAUGCGGGAAGUUGAACGUUUGGGUUUUGAUUUGAAUGGUCCCUGGCGCAUAUCUCGAGCUAAUGAAGAUUUCAAGCUGUGUCCCUCAUAUCCACCCAAACUCUUGGUACCCUGUUGCAUUUCCGAUGAAACGCUGAAUAAUGUGGCGAAUUUUAGAGGUUCCCGACGUUUGCCGGCUGUUGUGUGGCGUCAUCGUAAAUCGGGAGCGGUUAUUGCCAGAUGCAGUCAACCGGAAGUGGGUUGGCUGGGUUGGCGCAAUACCAAAGAUGAACAGCUGUUGAAGGCCCUGGCCGAUGCCUGUGCUUUUGAUAGGGGUGAACAGAUGCGUCAAUUUGCCAACAAUUCUCAGUCAGCACAAAGUAUACAGAUACCCUCGGGUGAUAGUUCACCAUCCAGUCCGGAUGGCAGCCACGAAGAGGUGGCCCUGGAUGAAGUGAGGAAAAUUCUCAUUGUCGAUGCCCGCAGCUAUACAUCGGCCGUGACAAAUCGUGCCCGUGGCGGAGGCUGCGAAUGCAUUGAGUAUUAUCCUUGUGCUGAAAUUGAAUUCAUGAAUUUGGGCAAUAUACAUGUCAUACGCAAGAGUUUCCAUGCCCUGCGGCAGCUGUGUGCAUCGCCACCGGAUGUUCCCAACUGGUUGGGUCUCCUGGAGAAGACCAUGUGGUUGCAACAUUUAUCCGGUUUAUUGGCUGCUUCCAUGACCGUCUGUCAUGCCAUUGAGAAAAAGGGUCGGCCUGUACUCGUACACUGUUCCGAUGGCUGGGAUCGUACCCCACAAAUUGUGGCCACAGCCCAGCUGUGUCUGGACCCCUACUAUAGGACAAUAGAGGGUUUUCGUGUGCUGGUCGAACGUGAAUGGCUUAGCUAUGGCCAUAAAUUUGCCGAUCGCUGUGGCCAUGGUCCCGGUUCGGAGGAACUGAAUGAACGUUGUCCAGUAUUUCUGCAAUGGCUGGAUUUGGUACAUCAAAUCCAUAAACAGUUUAGUUGCAGUUUUGAAUUUAGCAUGGGCUACUUGAUCAAAUUAGCCCAACACUCACAUUCUGGUCUAUUCGGCAACUUUUUGUGCAAUACUUUAAAGGAACGUUUGGAGAAUUCCGUUUUUGAGCGUACCUUUAGUGUUUGGUCGCUGCUGUCCAGUCCCAUCUAUCGCAAUCCUUUGUAUAAGCCACAACGUGAAAAAGUCUUAUGGCCGGCACAUAAUGUACGUGAUUUGUCACUGUGGACCGAGGUGUAUUUGGGCAGUCUGGUGGGUGGUAAUCAAAAUUCCAUUGAUUUUCCGAAUUAUAUCAACGAUACACUAAUGGGUUCCAUGAGUUCCAUGUCCAAAACCAGAUCUUAUGGGGAUCUAAUAACGGCUGGUUUCAUUCAAAACAGCAUGUCAAGGCGUUCAAGUGAUCCCAACAUGACAGUGGAUCCGAAUCUCACCAUCGGUUCGAAUUCGGAAAACAAUUCCAUUGCCGAUCUACAGUCGGACGAACGUGAAGAAUCACCAGAUAUUUUGGCAAAUUUAAUACACGACACAACCCGUAAAUUGGAGAAUUUAACGAAUGAGCUAAACAAUCAUGACAAUGAUGAUUUCAAAUUGGCAUCGAAACAUGCAAAUGAAUUGGAACACCUAGACAAUGACGACCACGAAGAAGAAAGUAAAAAGCCUAAAAAUGCAAUGACAAUUACUGAGUCAAGUAAUGGCAUCGUGCAUUCAAGUGAACAACAACAACAAAAUACUGGCUGUGAUAAUGAGACUACCAGAACAACAACAACACCAAAUACACAAGGUCCAUCAACGCCCACAUCAAAGAAAACGAAAAUUGUGGCCAAGGAUGCCAGUCGGGAUGGCAACGAUGUUACAGACUCGUCACUGACAAACGGUGUAAAUGGCAUUCAACGAAGUUCCAAUGGCAUUACCAUUGAAAAACAUACCACCAUGGGUCUGGAUCUAAUGAUGAGAAGUGUGGCCAUGGAUGAUGACGCCUCAUGCAACCACAGUUUGGAAACAUCUUGCAAUGGUUCGAUGGCCGGUGAUGACAAGACAAGCAGUAAAACAACAACAGAUGAGUCCCAUAAUUUAUGGCAUGGUUCCAUUAAUACCAGUACUGACACCCUGGUACCCUUGGCGGAAACGAAAAUACAAAAUGGCAAUUGUGAUACAAUCGAUGGUGGUGGGGCCGGUAAACGAGAUGCAAUUUCUCCCAAAAAGCUCAAUGUUGAUAGCACAAAUAAUGGCGAAGAGAAGACAACAAAGAGUAGCAGCACAACAUGUAAAAUUUUGCCAAAAGUUCAUAGCAGCAGCAACAUUAACAGCAUAACAUCUCGACCAAAUCAACUGUCCACCAGCAGCCUCAACACCACCACCACCAAUGGCAAUAAUAAUCUACACAAUGCAACAACAACAACCACAGAUGACAUUACCACAACGAGUAAAGGCGGUGACAAUAAACCCUCAAGUCGCUUGACCUCUGACAUUGCUGCUGCCGCUGCCUCCGCCUCUAGUGGCAUGAUGGAAGAAAGCAUACUCAUAUUACCUGAACAUAGGAAAUUAGAAAUUUCCAUUAGUGGCAAAUGUGAAACAGUGGCCUCUAAUACAACUACCUCGUCGGGUUCCAAUAGCAUUAUUACAUCCACAAAUCAGCAAAUGCCAAUGGCUGCUCCACCACCACCACCGCCCGCAGCAGGGUGUCCAUCAUCUUCUUCUGCAUUGCCCACGCCGACCUCAGCCUCAACAAUGUCCGCUUACAAUCUACCUUAUGCUAUUAAUAAUAGUAGUAGCGUUCCAAAUAAUACUGCAAUACCUACUAAUACAACCACAGCUGCCUCUAGCCAAAGAAGAAGACGUACCUCGUCCUCAAAUUCGGGUUUUAUUGCCAAACAAGCCAAUGGAAGUUAUAUUUCACGCUUCUCAUUGCCUGGCGGCGGUGUACGUUCUUUGCCUAUGACACCACCUGGUUUGACUGAACGACAACAAGUUACUAUUUCCUGCCCCGAUGGUUUAGCACAUGCUUUAAGUGAAGAAAAUAUAAGACUACAGCAAAUUGUACAUGAACAUAAGAUGCGCGAAGAUGUUUUACUACGCGAACUGCACGAUAUGCGCAUGGCAUUGCUAAAGAAAAUAUGUCCAAAUUGCAAUAAUGCAAAUGCAUCGGCCAACACUGAUGAACAGAAAAUCCAUUUUGAUAAUACAACAAAUCUACCACCACAUAGAAGACGAUUUUGUGUUCCAACCAUGCCAAUGUAUCAAGCAAAUCGGCAGUUUUUCAAGCGUUAUCGUCGUAGACGACGUCGUCAUCAAAGGAUGUUUUGUCACAGUCGAAUCCCCACCACUGCCACCAUAAUUAUUGAACACAUUGACAAUUGUAGAGAAGAUAAUGAUGAUGAUAAUGACGACGACGAUUUGGAUUAUGAGUUGGAAGAAGAAGAAGAUGUCUAUGAUGAUGAUUAUAGUGAUAGUUGUAAUGGUGAUAAUGAAGAUGCUGAGAUUUAUUCAGUAUCAGGGUGUUCAGCACUGGAUAAUGUAGAAAAUGCUUCGAUCUGCUCAUGGGAGGCCGUUGAAGAUCGCAGUGCCAGUGGUCCCUCGUCCUGUGCCACAACCAGUUCCUCAAUGCAACCAAAUGCCACAAGUGUAUUAUGGGUACCCGAUCAUGCUGUUUCACGUUGCACCAGCUGUCAAACGGAAUUUUGGCUGGGCCGAAGGAAACAUCAUUGCCGGUGCGCAUUAUCUUGCGGGCAAAUUUUCUGUGCUGAUUGUUCCGAAUACUGGGCACCGCUGCCAGAUGCCAAGCUGUUUAGUCCGGUGCGAUUGUGUGGACCCUGCCAUGCAACCACAACGCGCACCAUGCAACAGGUUAGCAGUGAAAUGAUGCCGUCGUCGACGCCGCCCGCAGUGGCUGCAGCCGCAGCCGCCGCCACUGUAGCAGUCAGCAAUAACAGUACCAACAUGCAUUUGCAGCAGAACGCCACAAAAACAGCAGCAGCAUCAAAGGCUUGAAUUAGAUAAAAGAAAAUAACAACAAAUCCCCAAUUCAGAAGAGUAAGGAGAAGAAGAAUAUUAAAGGAAAACCAAAUAAAUUGAGGAUUGAAACGAAAAACGGAAUUUAAAAAAAAUGUAUGCGCGAUCUUAGAUGAAAAAUUAAUACAGGAGUUGAUGAGGGCAAGCCCACUAAUGGACGGACAAGAUUGAAAAUCACAACACAUUAUUAUCAUUAAAAUGCAAAAGAGAAAAUCUAAACUAAACUAAAGAAAAGAAAAAUAUAUAUAAUUAUUAUUAUAAAUAUUAACAUGGCAUAAAACAAUAUUCCCCCCAAAACCAAGAAAAAACUAUCCCCUUUCCAACCCAUAAAAGUACGUUUUGGAUGUACGAAAUCCACUCGAUCUGAAAUGUCAAUUUCAUAGAGCACAUGUCAAAUAAUAGCCACUGGAUUUAUGACUACGAUUUACGUGACGUAUAGACUAUGGAAUUGAUAUUUGGAAUUAGUAGCUGGGAGUUAGUAGUCUAAACGUGUUCUAAGACCCCAGCCUCUAAAGCCAGCCCCCCUUUUAACUAAUAUUAUCCCCUCUCUAUUCUAAAUAUCCCUUUAUCCACUCCUCUAUUUCUCCCUCUCUCUCAAAAAAAAUAACCAAAACAUUGUUACUUAGUAAAAAAAAAAAACAACAACUAAAAUUCAAACACAAUUAUUGAAAUUUGAAAUUGAAUUUCUUUGAAAACUGAGAAAACCGAAACUGAACUGAUGUAGACAAAAAAAAAACAAAAAUUAUUAUUUAAAACAAAAAACUAAAAUAAAAUGUCAUUUUAUUAAAGAAACUAAACAAAAAAAAAAAACAAUUGUAUAAAGAACAAGCAUAUAUAUUUAAUUAAUUUAAAACAAAAACAAAGAAAAAACUGUUAUGUUUAAACUUUAAAAAAAAUGAAAAAAAAAAACAGUUAUUUAAAAUAAAAGCAAAUACACAAAAUAGCAAAUAAAAAUUCAAACAAAAAAAUGCAUUCUCAGCAAAUGGAAGCAAGCAUAACGCCCAUUAUAUAAUUAUUAUUACUAUAUUUUAAAAACAAAAAACAAUUAUUAUUGUAACGGUGUCGAUUUGAAAUUUAAGUACUCUUAUUUUGUUGUAAUUCUUCUAUCUUUCUUUCUUUCUUUUUUUAAUUUAAUUCUGUGAUAAAAAUUUUAUCGAUGUUGAAACAAAACAAAA